GCGCUCCAUCUAACUAUCUAGGCACAAAGUUAAACUUGUAGGCAGUUCCUUAUUACCGUAUACUUUAGAUUUGAUACUUGUGUAAAGUCAACGAGUGAUUCUAUUUUUAUAUUAUACUCAAUUUUUCAAACAUAUUUCUCAACGUAUUAUAAUCUUACGUUUUGUUAUAAAAACUCUUCUUUUCAGUGCGAUUUCUACAUAAAUAUCAUAUUCUGAUAAUGACUUCACCGUGGAGAAAAAUUCAAUCUGUCGAAGGACCUCUCAGUUUAUCGGAAAUAACUUCUGAUCAACUUGCAGAAAGCUUACAAAAAAGAGAGUUUGAAAAAUGCAAAGACUCUUUAAAAAAAGAACAAAUUACAAAAAUAUAUGAUACAUAUGAACCAAGUGAUACUGAUAAUGAUGCAGUAAUUGCACAGCUAUUACAAGCUCAAUAUAAUCAAGAAUAUGAUACUAUGUUAAAGCGUACUGAAACGAAGGUUAACCGUGAUUCCAAAGUAAAUAUUUCGUAUUCUAACUAUCGAAUGUCUUCAUUUGAGGAACCUGAUGAAAGAAAAACAGAUACUGAUAAUACAAAUGAAGAUUUUGAUCGUUUUGUAAGCAUAGAGAAGGAGUAUGCUUCGAUACCCCGUUGUGGCUACAAAAAAGUAGGUGAAGGAUCACAGAUUGUAACAAAGCAUGAUAUGUUAAUGUCUUCGAGAAUAAAUGCAUGCAGGGUUUUUAAAUUUCCACCUGGUAUUGAGACAGGAGACACAGCUGGAUUUGAUGUAAAGUUAAAUAAUAAGGUAUUUAAUAGUUUGCGUGCUCACAGUCAUGCACAAUGGUCAAAAGAAAAAGCAAAGACAAGACCUCAUACUAAAUAAGAUAUCAAAAAGUACAUACUCCAUUAUUAUUAAUAUUAUUGGUUUCUUUUUUUUUUAAAUAGUUUUAUGCGAUAAAAAUGCAAUAUUGCUUUUUUAUUAUAUUCUUUAUCAAAUUUAUAAUUUUUAUUGCAAUACAUUGUAAAAUCCAGAAAAAAAUGCCUGAUAUUAUAUAUGUAUAGAAGUAUUUGAUAUGACAAAGUUUAUAACUAUUAAAAUUUUAUUAUUUAUAUCUUCCAUAAUUUUUCGCGAAAUGAAAUUAAUCGUUAAAGUAUCAAAUUGUGGUGUUUUCCAGAUAUUUAACCAUGUAUUUUGUUCAGCAUACAUAUUUUUUUUCUUUUUUUUUACUUAAUUAUUUAUUUAUUUAUUUAUACUGUAAUUCGUAAAAGAAACUGUUUUCUUACCUUUUUGAUAUAAAAUUAUAAUAAAUACAUGGGAAAUACUAUAAAUAUCGGGAAAUUACAUGAUUUAGAUAGAUGAGUGUGUUUAUUAACAUUUGAUAUUUUGAUAUAUAAAUAGUUUUUUAAAUCAUAAAGUAUUAAUCGCAAAGCACGUUCCAGUGCGAUGAGACUAGAAAUUUGAGGAAUGGUAUAUUGAUUUAAUUGCAUCAAAUAAAAUGUAAAAAAUAUAAUCUUAAAAUUACUAUAUGAGUUAUGCACAAAUUUAUAUAACGUGAAGCAAUCCUAACAAUUCAACAUAAUUUCAUAUAUUAAUUAGUAAUAUUAUCAUUAAACAUUGAAUAACGAAAAGAUACCCAAAUUUUUUUUAUAAUAUCCUUAUGCGCAUUAUCUUACUAAAAAAAA